AUGACAGAUAAUACCGUCAACAAGACACACAACCCCGAGAUUCAAGGAGAUCAGCCUAACUUUGAGAACUCAAUCAGUGAAACUCGUAAUGAGGAGAAUGACACCAUACUGGUUCAUAAUAGGCAGUAUCCUCGACAAGUUCGGGAGACAACUCCCGAUGAUGCUGAUGAGGAACAUGUUGUUGAUGCGCCGAGCACUGCAACAGAGUUGAUCCCGAAAUGGUUCAAAAUGCCUGAAGUGCCAACAUAUGAUGGAACUUCAGACCCUCAGGAGCAUAUUACCUCCUACACAACAGCGGUAAUAGGAAAUGACUUAGCUCCUCACGAAAUUGAAUCUGUGUUGUUAACUAGAUUUGGAGAAACUCUCACGAGAGGAGCUCUGACGUGGUAUUCGUUAUUACCCGAGCAUUCAAUUGACUCCUUUGAGAUGCUCGCGAAUUCCUUUAUCAAGGCUCAUGCUGGGGCCAGGAAGGCGGAUGUCCACAACCGGUACGAGUCAAAGAUAAGAAUCGAAAAUGAUCAAGUUGGCUUUUCGUCGUCACCCAAAGGACGAGAGAAGGAUAUAGAAAAAUCAGAAGAUGACUACGUCAGACGGACUUCGAGGGGACGGUUUUUGCCCUACGAGCAGACUGAAGGCCGUAGCAGAAACCUCCGAAUAGCAGAUAAGUUCACCGUUGACAGAAGGACUGAUCGCGGUCAGAACAACAGAUUGCUGCAGGACAAAGAGGUAUUAGGCUCUCGAGACUCCACCUACCCUAGAUUAUCUGAAUACAACUUCAACGUCAUUAUAGUGGAAUUUAUGUCAGCAAUGAGAAACAUCAAAGAGGCACGGUUCCCGAGACCAAUGAGGUCCGAUCCGGGACAAAGGGAUCCCAAUGUAUGGUGUGAAUACCAUGGGACAAACGGCCACCGGACAGGGGACUGCCGACACCUUCGAAAAGAAGUGGCAACACUAUUGAUGAAUGGUCACCUCAGAGAAUUCUUAAGUGACCGAGCAAAAAACAACUAUGGUCGGAACAGAGACAAUGCGGAACCCUUGAAAGCAUGA